CCGCCGAGAUCCCCGCGCCCAGCGCGUGGGCUAGUGUCGACUGCGAUGACAGUUUCGUGUUUGCUCAGGGGUGCAUCCAGUGUGCCUUCUAUCGCAUGCGCUUGCCUGCAGGGAUGGAGUCGCUGUUCUCGCUGCCUGCGAUCUCCAACAGACACAUCGGUUUCAAAUCUACCAGCGGGGGCGUGCUGGUGGGCCACUGUACUUGGGGGCUGAUCUUGAGACGGGACGUCCUGACCAUCUUCAAUUCGGUCUAUCGGUUCAUCAACGUGGUCAGGGCUCAGCCGGCACCUCUUUGGGGGUCUGUGGCCAGGGAGCUGCGGGCCGCGGCGGCCCUGAUCCCGCUCUGGAGCGCCUCUACCAGGUCUAGUUGGUCUUCGCGGACCCGUGCUUCUGAUGCGUCGCCGUGCGGGAAGGGGGUGUGCAUUAAGGACAUCCCCCCUGUCUUGGUUUCAGAGGUUUGCCGCGUCGCCGAGAAGUGGGGGUGCCGCCAGGCCUCCGGCGUGCUCGCGAGGUCCCAUGCAGCCGAGACCGUCGGCUCACACCGUGAUGUGGCCGAUCGUUGUCCGCAUGCUGGUGCUUGCCAGGUCCACCCCGGCAGCCCGGUUCAGGCCUGUCAGAGCUUUCUGGAGGUUGCUGAGGCUGUCUUCGGGUUCGACGGCUGGGGGAUCACCCAUUCGAGCAGGCGCUCUCGUUCAGGUUGCGACAUCUUGCAGUGUGGGGCCGAGGCCCCGGGGUUCAGUGGCCACCGCGCCUCCAGGACUCUAGGAGCCCACCGUCAUCGUGUCGUCUGCCUCGUCGACAACUUGGCUCUAGCCCUCUCCGUCGGCAAGGGGCGUUCGGGCAGCCCGCGCCUCGCGCGCGCUCUGGGGCGCCUCUCUGGCAUCGCUCUCGCACGUGGCUUGCGCGCGCUGGUGCGCCGGGUGCCCGCUGAGCGGAAUGUCGCCGACAAGCCGUCGAGAGAAGGCUUCUUCGUCGGCCCGAGCUUCGAGGGCUACUUCUCGGAUCAGGCCGCGAGGGCUCGGGCGGUCCACCCGGGGCCCUCCAGCCUCUCGCGCGGGGGCCUGUCGGUGCUGGAGGCGUCGGCGGCCUCGGCCGCCGCGGGCAGGAACUACCGCGCCAGCGCCCAGAAGUUUUUGAGGUGGUGCCUCUGGGCCGCGAGGGGCUCCGAGAGCAGCGCCGAGCUCGACGCCGUCCUUGUCGUGUAUUUCGCCCGCCUGUUCCUGGGCGGCUACGACGGCGCCGCGGGCCGCGCCGCGCUGGCCGCGCUGCAGCACCACCUCCCCGCCCUGCUGAUCGGGGGCAGGCCGCUGCCGCGGGCUUUUCGGGCGCUUCAGGGGCGGGCGAAGCUCGCCCCGCCCCGGACGGGCCUGCUGCCCCUGCGCGUGGCCAUGUUGGCCCAGGGCCGCCUCGCGGAGGCGACCUUCGUGAGGCUCGCGUUCGGCGCGUGCCGCCGCCCGAGCGAGGCCUGCCGCCUUGCCGCCGCCUUGCUGAUCGCUCCGCGGCUCGGGUCGAAGGGGGGCCACCAGCACUGGGCCAUCCUGGUGAACGAAACCGCGAGCGGGGGGCCUGGCAAGACGGGCGUCGCCGACGAGAGCUUGAUCGUCGACGGCCCCUUGCUGCGGCCGCUGCUCGACUCCCUUCGUCAGGGGCGACGACCCGAGGCGAGCCUGUGGAGCUUCUCGCCCGAGCAGGUCCGCCGGGCCUUCAAGGCUGCCCUGGCGACGCCCCAGCUCGACGGCGAGCAGACGUCGCUGUGCCCCCUGCGCCGCGGAGGAGCGUCAGACGACCUCCUGUCGGGGCGUCGGGCUCGCAAGGAGGUCAAGGACCGCGGCCGCUGGAGGACGGGCCAGUCGUUGAACCGAUGCGCCAAGCGAGCUCGGAUGCAGCAGCGUCUGGGGCAGCUCGCGCCAGCUCUGGGGGAGUUCGGGGGCAGGGUCGAGGCGAACUUCUUGCAGCUG